CUCUCACUUACUAGAUGAAAAUUCGUGCAAAGCAAGGAAUUAUAUCAUACUGACCUCCCUUUCAUUUACCUUAAUUUUAUGCUUUGAUCUGAUGGAAUAGGCAUUCCAUUCGAUCCAUCCAAAUAACCAAAUCAGCCUUUAGGAGCUUAUUUUCUGUUGCAGUUCAUGAAUUUUCUUCACAUUCUCAGAACAGUUGUUUUGUUAAUUAAAGUAUUCUUUUGUCAAAGAACUUUAAGUAAUUAUGUACAGCACUAGUCCUUGAUCUUUCUGAAUUCCACAAGCACAACAGUUUCUCUCUAAUUAAUUCUUUGGGCAUACAAAUUACUAGAUGCCUUUUGUUUAUAAGGUCAAAAUAUUAAGUUUAUAAGCUUGGAACAUAGAAGUAGUAACAUUAUCAUAUCCCCAAUUUGUAGCCUCUUUGUUUUGUUCCAUUAUAAGUAGACUGUGAUAAUAUUUAUAACUAGGCAGAAUAUUUUCUAGAAUUAAUUAUACUUUUUAUGUGGGUCAAAAUCAUAUACAUUAGUUUAUCUAAAAUUUUUGUCUUUGAUCCAUCUCAAUACUCUAUAUAUCUAGCUAUAUAGGGUUGAAAAGGGUUACCUCUUCUGUUCUUGCCCUCCGAAGCACGCUUUUUAACAGAAAGUUAACCAACAACUGGUAUACUGUGCGUGCAUGCAAUAAUUGAAGGGUUUGCAUAUUUUUAACAUAUAUUUUAAUCAUUACCAUUUCUAACUUGUGUCUUUAUAAGUGUUAGUUUUGUGAUUGUGAAUGUUGAGAAAUUAAUGGUUGUCUCGUUUGGCGAAGAUGGUGAGGGUAAUUUACGUUGAUGCUUUUGAUCAUCAGAGAUAUCCUUUUAGCAGUACUUGAACAAGUUGAUUAUACUGCAUUAGGAGAUUACUUCUCCAAUUUCAAAUUACAGGAUGCAUGUAGUACUACUAGUUGUUUCCUCUUGAUAGCACUUGGGUAGCUACAUCAGCUUCAUGCCCAUCUCUCACAUAAGUGAAAUGUGAUGCUAUUUGAUGUCAAAACUAAAAAGAGGGCGGAGAAUAAGAGAAAGGGAAAAGAGUAUAUGCCACGCCUGACUACUACGACCCACUUUUCUUCAUUUCUAUAAAUUACUCAACAUUCCAUGUCUCCAAACCAAAAGUGAUAAUGGAAUCUCCCAAUUCUGAUUGCGAGGCUUCGAAAAUGUCAAACGAUGGACGGUUGCGAUCAACUGGGUUCCCCUCACUGUUUGGUUUCGUUAUGUAAAUCUGACUCAGUACACAUGUCAUGCAGAACAGAAAAGAAAAGAAAAGAAAGCAUGAGAAAGAAAACAAGAGAAGAAGAAGAAGCUGCAACAAAAGGAAGAUGAUGAAAAAAGAGCAUCAUCAAAAGCUGAUGAUACCCUAGCUAGUAGACAUUAACAAUGACAGUGCUGUGCAGAAGGGUUUCAUCUUUCUAUGGCAGCUGAUCCCAUAAACCAACCGCAAUUAUAGUGAAAUAUAGGGAGUGACAGCGACAACUCAUUGACUGCACCACCUCCAUAUGUAACAGCCGUAAAGAUGUAUGCUACUACUGUAUUUUCUGCAACUUCUGACCCACCUGGAUGGCAUGGGGCUGAGUUUGGUCCUACACAUUGCUCUCCCUCAAUUAAUUCUGAGUACCGGGAUUGUUGCUAAGGUAUCCCAAACUGUGCGCCCACUUCCCUUCGUUUAAUCGUUUCCCUUUUCAAUAUGAUAUCUUCCUUCAACCAACUUUUGUCCUCACUUCCUCACUACCCUUUUGCCUUCUUCAUUCUUCUUUACUUUUGCCCUUCUUCUUCUAAUGACAUACAGAGUGCGAAAUUCUAGUUUCAACUGAUAAUCAUGAUGAUGGGGUUGAAGUCUUUUUGUGAUAUAUCAGCAUGUUGAUGGUUUGGUUUUUGUGAGGGUUUGCUUGAUUAAGAAAUGACAUUUAUAAAGAAUGGUAAUCUCAGAAAAUGCAUGGCUAAUAAAAGGGAGGGUAGCAUAGGUCCCCACUUUUGUAUGAGUAAUUACUAUGGGGGAAUGGGGAUGAAAGAAGAGUUACAUGGGCUGUCCUUGUACUUCCAACUGGGUAUUCAAAACUCAGACCUGUUUGUGGUACCACUGAUCUGCUGUAAAUUAGACAGAUAAAAUCACCUUUUUCUC